AUGAUUUGGUCCUUCCCCCUCCUGUACGAAUGGGCGCGCCAUGCCAUUUUGUUUGCCCCGAUCCACCAACAACUCGUCAAGAGUGUUUGCUCAACGUACGACACGUGCACCCAGAAACAUGACUCUAGAGAGAUUGGUAUCGUCCGCCUUGGGCAGUUCCGCUCAAGCCAGUCUAGGAGAGUACAGCGAUUGCAUGCCACCAACAAAGAAAUUCGGGAGGCGGGAGACAAGGUAAUUGCUGUUGCGAGAGAGUUGAAAAAGAGUGCCGCCCAAGCAAUCCCAAAUGACUGGCAGCUCCGAAAACGGGUCCUUGACACGAAGCAGUUUUUGAGGGACCAGAGUGAGAAAUCAAAGCAUGGCAGCAACUGGGUUGUUAGGAGCGUGCUCAAGGAGGAGAUGUCGUCUGAAGAGUCUUAG